AAGCAAAGACAAGGCAGCAGUCACCUCGGACCAAAAAGCCCAAAUGACGCACCGUUGACGUGCAGGUGAAGGCAGUUAACAGAAGCGACCCAGCCGCACGCGGCAACUAUCGGAAAACUACCGCCAGACGCCAGUCAAGAGCCUUUCCAUUUCUCUCUCUCUCCCCCCAAACUUCAAACGCCGUCUCCAACCUCUCUCUCUCUCUCUCUCCUCUUCCUCCGAUUCCUCCAUCGAUUCGCCCCUCCUGAUUCUGCCCUUAUCCCGCCCGAUUCGCGCCGUAAUUCGCCCCCGAUUCCACGCGAAGCACCCUCGUCGCCGUCUGUCGCGGUGAGUUAGGUCAAUCGGAGGGAUGAGCUUUCAGGACUUGGAAGCUGGUAGGCGCGAUCUCAUCAGCGGCAAGCAGGACCCCACGCAGGCCGUCGCGUCCGGCGUGUUCCAGAUCAACACCGCCGUCAACGCGUUCCGGCGGCAGGUCAAUGCUCUCGGAACUCCCAAGGACACGCCCGAGCUCCGGGAGAAGCUGCGCAAGACAAGGCUAUAUAUUGGGAACCUGGUGAAGGAUACUUCAGAAAGACUUAAACAAGCCAGUGAGACAGAUCAUCAAGCUGGUGUUAGCCCUGCCAAGAAGAUUGCAGAUGCCAAACUUGCAAAAGAUUUUCAGGCUGUUCUGAAAGAGUUUCAGAAGGCCCAACGGCUUGCAGCUGAGAAGGAAACGGCAUAUUCUCCAUUUGUACCCCAGACUGUUCUUCCUUCUAGCUAUUCUGCCAGUGACGAAGACAUAAAUGCUGAUAAGAGUUCGCAACAGCGUGCUCUCCUUGUCGAAUCAAGGAGAGAACAGGUAUUGCUGGCCGAAAGUGAGAUUGCCUUCAAUGAAGCUAUCAUUGAGGAAAGGGAGCAAGGAAUCCAGGAAAUCCAGCAGCAAAUUGGUGAGGUGAACGAAAUUUUUAAAGAUCUUGCAGUGCUUGUUAACGAACAAGGGACAAUGAUUGAUGAUAUUGGUUCUCAUAUUGAAAGUGCACAUGCAUCCACUGCUCAAGGAAAGUCCCAUUUGGUGAAAGCUGCAAAGACUCAAAAAUCAAAUUCAUCUAUGAGUUGUUUGCUUCUGGUGAUCUUCGGGGUAGCCCUUCUUAUUGUGGUAAUAGUAGUUGCUUCUUAAGCAGAAGAAUAUUCAAGCAUCAUCAACGGAGACUGCUCGUCUGAGUGAACGAUACAACGUGUUUGGCCUGAUCCUUCUUUGUUCUUUCACUAUAAAAUAUGGUCGACAUGAGUCUACUAUAUCUAAAACUGGGAGGAAGCGGAAGAAAAACAGUGGGGAGGAAAGAAGAAAGAGGAGGCUGGAGGGUUGCUUUCCCGGUUGGCUGGUGAAGUUCCUGUUGUUUACAUACCCAUCCGGGGUUUGUUAUUUUACCUUUCAAGGUUUAUGUCAUCGCUGUCAUGUAAAGAUGCUCUCAUCGUUAUCAAUAAUGGCCUCUGCAAUUCUUUUAA